AUGAAAAUGCCUGGAGAUAUUCCGGAUCCCGAAAAGUACGAUAUUUCUCUCAUAACGGGAUUCUUGCCCGCCGAAUCGCCGCCAGACUCUCUUCCUAGUCCAUAUUACGCCAAGUGGAAUUAUGUCGCACAGAAUAUGCAGGAAUUACUUACGACUAAGCGUUUGCGAGUGGUUGUAGAGAACCUGGAGGUCCUAGCCUGCGACCGCUUGGACACAAUAUCACAGAUGAGAACUGCCUACUCCACCCUUGCUUUCAUUUCUCAUGCAUAUAUAUGGGGAGGUGAAACCUCAGCCGAGGUGGUUCCGCGUUCGAUAUCGAUUCCUUUUCUGUCACUCUGCGAAAAGCUGGAGCUACCACCAGUUGCCACGUACGCGGCGGUGGUUUUGUGGAACUUCAAACCGAUCUCUGCCGCAGAGCGACUUGACUGUCUCGAAAAUCUCACAGCCCGUAUGACUUUUACUGGCGCAAUCGAUGAAAGCUGGUUCUACAUGGUAUCUGUAGCAUUUGAGGCACGCGGGGGGUUAUUGAUUGCUAUUGUUAUGGAGGCGAUCCGGUCUAUUUAUUCCAAAGAUGCAUUAUCUUUGGCAGUACACCUUCGACGACUUGGGGCUGCACUUGAAGGUUUGCCUGCAUUACUUCAGCGCAUGUAUGAAAAGUGUGAUCCACAAUUCUACUAUGAUCAGGUUCGCCCUUUCCUCGCUGGAAGCAAAAAUGUUUCAAAAGCAGGACUCCCCCGUGGGGUAGUAUUUGACGAUGGUACGGGAAGAAUGCAGCCUGUCCAGUUUGCGGGCGGCUCGAACGCGCAAUCGAGUUUAAUCCAGUUCCUUGAUAUUGCUUUAGGUGUCAAACAUCAGCCGGAAAGCAGUGGUACAAGAAGAGCAAACAACGAACAUGCGUCUCCCUCAGACGUGAGAGGCUUGAUAGCUCCCGAACAGGAACCUGUCCCAUUGCAGCCGAAAGAAGAACCACAGUUUAUUUUGGAAAUGCGCCAGUAUAUGCCAGGGCCUCACCGUCGAUUCUUAGAUCGUCUGGACUGUGUCACCAAUAUACGGGAUUUUAUUAAUGCAAACCCAGGAAAUAAUGACCUUUUUAGCUCUUACAGUGCGUGUCUUGCUGCGCUAGUAAGAUUUCGGAAUAUUCACCUUCAAAUGGUGGCCCGCUACAUUGUCCUUCCCAGCCGGAAAAUUGUGAACCAAGCAAGGCUUGUUUCAAUUGCAACCUCACAUCACAAAGCUGUUUCUUCAGAACAUUGUCUCGAUGACAAAAUUUCAAGCCGGCUGAACGAUAUCGAAGCGAACGACGACCUGAUAGGCACCGGCGGUACCAACCUUAUGCCUUUUCUAAAACAUGUUCGCGAUGAGACUCAGCAACUCCUUGACCAAGGCAGUAUAGACGUGCGUUAG